AUGAGCCAGUCUGAAAGCAAAGAGGCCAACCAGCAGAACUCAGAUUACGAUCUGUCUAAGCCUCUGGACUCGAAAGUUGGUCUGCGCCAGGGCUUAACAUCAUACGGCGAUCCUCACUUUUCUCUUUUCCUCCGCAAAGUUUUCAUCAAAGCCCUCGGGUACAGUGAGGAUGCUCUGUCUCGGCCCAUCGUUGGCAUCGUCAACACAUACUCCAGCUUCAACCCCUGCCAUGCCAACAUCCCACAACUGAUCGAGGCCGCCAAGAGAGGCGUCCAACUAAACGGCGGACUGGCAAUCGAUUUUCCAACCAUCAGCCUCCACGAAUCGUUCUCGUCGCCCACGAGCAUGUUCUUGCGGAACCUGAUGAGCAUGGACACUGAAGAAAUGAUCCGAGCACAACCGGUAGAUUCGGUGAUUCUGAUUGGAGGCUGCGACAAGACGACCCCAGCGCAACUAAUGGGCGCCAUCUCAGCAAACAAGCCCGUCAUCCACCUCGUUACCGGCCCCAUGAUGCCCGGCAACCACCGCGGGACCCGCGUCGGCGCCUGCACCGACUGCCGCAACAACUGGGCCAAAUUCCGCGCCGGCACCAUCGACAUCGAAGAAAUCUCCGGCAUAAACGAAGAGCUGGCCCCAACGGCCGGUACAUGCGGCGUCAUGGGCACCGCCAGCACAAUGGCCUGCCUCCUCGCGGCCCUCGGCCUGAUGCCGCUCAAAGGCGCCACCGCGCCCGCCGUCUCCGCCGCACGCCUCCGCAUCGCCGAAGAAACGGGCGCGCACGCUGUCCGCCUCGCCACUUCCAACGCCCACCUCCGCCCGCAAACCCUCCUCACCCGCUCCUCCUUCCUCAACGCCAUCACCGUCCUGCAGGCCAUCGGCGGCUCGACCAACGCCAUCGUCCACCUCCUCGCCAUCGCAAACCGACACCCCCUCCUCGCCUCCUCCUCCAGCGACGACCCCAUCACCCUCGCCACCAUCGACGCCAUCGGCCGCCGGACCCCUCUCCUCGUCGACCUCAAGCCCAGCGGCGACGGCUACAUGACCGACUUCCACGACGCAGGCGGCAUGCCCGCCCUCCUCCACACCCUCGCGCCGCUGCUCGACCUCUCCGCGCUGACCGUGACGGGCGCCACGCUCGGCGAGCUCCUCGCCCGCACCGCCUCCCCGUCCACCUUCCCCCUCCCCGGCACCCCAGCCGCCACCUGCAUCCGCCCCCUCAGCCACCCCCUCCACCCAGCCUCCUCCCUCGCCAUCCUAACCGGCAACCUCGCGCCCCGCGGCGCCGUCCUCAAAGCCUCAGCCAGCAAGCUCCCCGCACUCCUCUCGCACCGCGGGCCCGCCCUCGUCUUCGCCGGCCCCGCGGACCUGGCAGCUCGCAUCGACGACCCCGAUCUGCCGGUGACGCCGGAAACCGUGCUGGUGCUGACGGGCGUGGGGCCGGUCGGCGCGCCGGGGAUGCCGGAGGCAGGGCUGAUUCCGAUCCCGCGGAAGUUGGCGGAGAAGGGGGUGGUGGAUAUGCUGAGGAUUUCGGAUGGGAGGAUGAGCGGGACGGCGGGGGGGACGGUGGUGUUGCAUGUGGCGCCGGAGGCGGGGGAGGAGGGGUCGGUGUUGGGGGUGGUGAGGGAUGGGGAUGUGGUGGUGCUGGAUGUGGAGAAGCGGGUGUUGAGGGUGGAGUUGACGGAUGAGGAGAUAGCGAGGAGGGUGGAGGAGAGGAGGGAGCGGUUGGAGGGGGAGAGGAUGGCGAGGGAGAGGGAGAGGGGGUAUAGGGGGUUGUAUAUGCGGUCGGUGAAUCAGGCGGAGAAGGGGGCGGAUUUUGAUUUUUUGACGGCGAGGGGGCCGGGGGCGGCUUAG